AUGGAUUGGACACAAGCGCCGCAACAACACAGAGCGCAUACCGACGGCGGUGAAGCGCCCAAAAAGCCGCCGCGUUUGAAGGCCAGCAGCAACAACAACCCCAAACCAGAGGUGCAAGAGCAAACAAGUGCAGCAGCAGCAGACUUCACCAUGACUUUGAAAGCCAGAAAAGAGUCAACAUCGAGUAACGGCAAGCCCAAAAAGCGACUACAAUUCCAAAGUCCGCUCACAGGCGUCUCUACGCGAUUAACCGCCAGCCAAGAACCUGCAUAUGUGAGAGAUGACUGCAAGGCUGCAGCUGCUACCAAGAAGCAUGCAACGAGCAUAAAACACGUCAGCAACAUAAACAACCCCACGACGCUGGCCGCGGUGGCUGGUGAUAGUGUCAGUGAGAUACAGUCAGCAGUUCCUGCGACACCACCGGCGACGGCUAUAAAAAACAUCUGCAACGCCGCGUUGACAGCUCGCAACUCAGCAGCAGCUGCACUGACAAGGGGAGCCACAACAAAUGCAACAACAACAGUACUUGCAACAGCUACCAAGGUUGGCAAUGAAAGCUUGUUUGAGGGCGGCUCGAAAAGCCGUUUGGCGCGUGGCUGCACAAGUCUUAUGUAUGCAUGUCAACAUGGCGACAUUGCCGAAGUUUUGGCACAACUACGCUCGCGGCCGGAGUGCCUGCGACAACGUGACAGCCACAACAAGAACGCGCUACACUAUUGUGCCGCACAGAACGCAGAGACACGUGAACUCGUGGCGGCUGCCAGCAUCGCCGUCGCAGCUCCAGAAUUACUGGAGUCUGCUGACGAAGAUGGCUUUACGCCGCUUCACUUGGCUGUUAUUCAGGGCAACUUGGCGAUGGUCAAUUUGCUGCUGGCGAAUAAAGCCGACGUGAAUGCGGUCGAUAAAGAGGGCCAUUCCGUGGUGCAUUGGGCGACGGUUUGUGGCGAGGUCGAGGCUUUGCGUUCGGUGCUAGCGGCUGGUGCGAAUAUCGCGAUUCCGGACUUGAACGGCGGCACACCGCUCCAUUAUGCGGCCCAGAUGUGUGGCGCCAGUGUUGACAAGAAAAUGGGUCAGGCAAAUGCCACUAAGCUGGCAUUGGAGAUACUCGGCAUUUUGCUCGCCCACCCGCAUGCCAGUGUUGAUGUGCAGGACAAAGACGGACGACAGCCAUUGUUGUGGGCUGCCUCCGCGGGCUCGGCAAAAGCUGUUAUUGCCUUGGUGAAGGCCGGUGCACGUGUAGAGAGUGCAGAUAAAGAUGGCUUGACGGCACUACAUUGUGCUGCUUCACGUGGGCACACCGAGUGCAUUGACACACUGAUUAGUCUGUGUGGCGCGCCAACGGACCUGAUAGACUCGAAUGGUUGUACGGCACUGCAUUACGCGGUGACGUUGGGACAUGCAGAUGCCACCGCUCGUCUACUUGAUUUAGAGGCGGAUCCUAAUCGGCAAGAUCGCAAGGGACGUACACCCGCGCAUUGUGGUUGCUCGAAGGGCCAAUUCGAAACGGUUAAGUUGCUAAAAGAGCGUGGUGCUAAUCUGUGGUUGCGCAACGCUAAAGGUGACUUGCCUGUGCACGAGGCGAGCUCGUCAGGCAGGCGUGAGCUUGUGGAGUGGCUACUGGAGCAACGACCCAAGCAGGUUAACACGACGAGCAAUGACGGACGCAGUCUUCUCCACAUUGCUGCGAACAAUGACUACACAGAUGUGUGCAAGAUGUUGUUGGACUAUGGCGGCGAUAUCAAUGCCAUCUAUCGUAAUAGCAAAGGUGUUGUCUACACGCCACUCGACUGUGCGCUGCAAAAGGGUCAUCGUUCCACUGCCAAAUUCUUACAGUCCCAUGGCGGGUUGCCAGCUAGUAAGCUACGCUUGGCCGCACGUCGCUCGAAUCCAUUUCAUGAUGUGAGCACUGAUAUGGUUCGUCCAUUGCGGUAUGUGGAAAAGGAGGAGCUGCAUGAUUUGAAGAACUCCAAAAAAUAUGUUGUCUACCUGAAACACUCGGACUCGGAAGGUAAUGGCGGCGAGGGUGAUAGUAAUUGUAGCUGCCAUGAGCGUACUUACCGUCGAGAGCAGAAGUUUGCGCACACUUGUCAGCGACAUCGACAGCACAGUCGACGACGGCAGUUGCGGCGGCGUACCAGCAGUUGUGGUGAGCCGAAGGAGUGCCAGCAAAACGAAGGUGGGGAAAUUGAUAUUUGUCGCUCGAAGAGCAAUAUUGAAAUACGCCGACACAAGUCUCGUGAACGCUACGCGAGCUCCAGUGAGUGGGAAGAUAAAGGCGAGUGGGAGGAUAACGAAGACGAUGAAGAUUCUUGCGAAAACUGUUGUUAUCACAAGAGGCAGAAGCAACGUGUCAUACGGAGGAAGUCAGUUUCCUCACGCCGGCCCAAGGACAAAGAAGGACGGGAUCGCAGCAGUGAAAAGGAAUCUUCGCCGGAAAAGCGUAAAAUUCGAGAAGUAGAAGUGGUGCGUGAGGGUGAAGGAGAAGUUCCCAAGGCUGAGGAUGAUAUAGAAACACAAUCUAAAAAUGAUGGCGAGGAACCUUCGGGAAAGCUCAGUCGCCCACAAUCUGCCACUACGCCUGCUGCAGCAGGCACUCUGGGCACUGGAGGUAAAGAAUCCACAUUCAUAAAAUCUACAGAACAAACUGAAGGUCAUUCUAUGGAGCUAACUGACGAAGAGGGUAAACCAGCCGCGGAGCUCGUCACAACGCAUGUUGACGUGCAUCGCGAAGAGGAUGCAAACUCAAUGCAGCAGAUAGAGAUAGUGGAUAAGGCCGAAGGAGAGAAAACAAAAGAUGAGAUGGCAGAGAUGAGUGAUCUUGCAGAUGAGAUGCGGAAGGAAGUCGAUCAGGUUAUGAAAAUAGCUGCGCUCGCACUCGAAAGUGAUGCUCAAAAUGGCGGUAAUGGUGGUAUUGAGACUAAUGAUUCGGCUAUUAAAGAUGAAAAGCUCGUGGCAGCAGAGAACGAGGGUAAGGAGUUGAAAGUAGAAGAGAAAAAUAUAGCCGAAGCAAGUGUUGUAAAAAUUGAGGAACCGUCAACUGAAAAACCUGAGGAAGUGGCCAAAACUGUACCUAAUGUCACCGAAACUCCACCAACGCCAAUACCAACGCCUUUGCCAAGUCCCGCACCGGCGAGCGAAGCUAAGGAGGCAACUAGCGUGGCUACUGCCGCUCCGUCGGGAGAAAUCAAAGCAGCCGCUGCUGAGACCUCAACUGCCCAAGCACAAAUUCAUGACGUCACAGCUGCAGAAGGAACACCCCAAACACCUGCUGAUAAUAAAACUGAAGCAGCAGAUACUUCCACGGAUGCACCAGUCGAACAAGCUACUUCCGAAGAAAAGUCCACAGCAGACCAAACAACACUUCCGUCUAACACGACUUCCGCUCAGCAAGCCCAACCACAAACUGACACACAAAAACCGCCGCGAGAGCAAGAGUCCCGACGCUCUUUCACUUUAUUGCCUUCUGACUCAGCCGAGGAUGACGGUGGUGAAGAGGUGGUACGCAAAUCAAGCUUCCAAAUAUUGAAAAGCGACGAGUCCGCAGGUGAAGGAGGCCGUCACCUAGAAGAACACGAAUUUAGCGACUCCCAAGUUUUCAAAAUAGUUUCUGAGCCCCAACUACGUUUGGGUAAACCAUAUCUCGAAACCGAACCGAGCUCAGCUGACGACGAGCAUAGGCAAGCGGCUGCCGAGCAUACUGACGACCACUUAGAUGAAGAGGACGAUAAGCAGGAACAGCUAAAAAAUUCGGCAGGCUUACGCAAUCGGCAUGGGGUGGGUAGUUUUGAGGGCUCCUUACCCACCAGCGCCGUGUUAGGCGUUUACGAUUGCACAAACGGUCGCAAACGGCGUUUAAAGAAGCGUGUGAAGAGCGGACCGAAGACGCGCAGCAAUUGGAAGAGUAAAACAAAUGAUGACGACGGUAGCACAGAGCAAACUGGCAGUUACGCGCAUGCCGCACAAUCAAGUAAAGAUCAGGAUUCCGGUUUUGAGCCGAGUCCACGCGCCAUGAAGAGCAAAAUACCGACACCGCGAAAUGUGUACACCGCACAUGUACCACGUCGACAUAUCUACGCCACACUCGACGGCCGUUCAUGCAGUAGCCGACUAGAGGGCCGUAAGCCGGGCGAUCGGGGUGCAUGUGAUAUGUCAGCAGUGACACGGUCCAUACAACGCAACAUACGAAGAUAUUAUAUGGAACGUAAAAUUUUCCAACACCUGCUCGAAUUGAAGUCCCUCCAAAUACGCUCGACCAAACUGAACGAAGCGGUGCUGGUGAAACGCGCCGUUGAUGAUUACCACAAAUCAUGUGCGUCGCUUGGUGGUGAGACUGGUACACGCUUGCGGCGUUAUCCGUUCAGCGAGUAUACAUUCAAGAAUUUUGAGUUGUUUUUGUACGAAACAUUGAAGGCACUGCAAAAGCCGGGCACCUAUAAUUUUCAGAAUAUCAAUGAGGUUUACGAGGAGGCUGAACGGCGUUUGAGUCCCGAUUACAACGCUUACGAGAAAGCACUUCAAUGCACCACCAAAACCCAUCGUUGCCUACACGCUGCCCACGCAUACACUGGCAUACCGUGCGCCGCAUACAUACCCAUGAUGAAUCAUCACACAAUGCCAAAGUUUGGAUUUGGUCCAUAUAAAAAGACCGGCGUGGGCAGCUUCUACCUACCGAAAAUACUCACUAGCGGCAGUUGUGGUGGCGUCGCGAGCGGAAGUGGUUGUGGCGGUGGCGGUAAAGUUGCAUUGGAGCUAUCACAUGGCAAGAGCAAACAACUUAUUUCACUGCCAUCGGACAAGUUGGACAGUAAUAAACGUUAUUACGUUACGUUCACCGUAAAGGAGACGAGUAGUGGUGGUGGUGUUGGUGGAGGAGGAGGUUGUAGUGGUGGUAUCUCGACAACUGCAGGGUGUGGCGGUGCGCACGUUGACCAAACGGAUGCCGCCGGUGUUGCGGGUGAUAAACAGGCAACUGGCGGAUGUUGUGGUGGCAACGAUGCAACCGGAAAGUGA